AUGAUCCUUCAAGAACAGCAUAACGGAAUUGGAACGAUCACUUGUUCCAACGAAACUGAGCCAUUGAUCAGCAUGCGAGGCAAGCCUUUGGCUAUCAACUACAACCAGAACAAGAUCAUCGACCUUUUUGGGACAAACAUAGACGACCAGCGCGUGUCUUGGGUAAAUCGCAACUGGACCAAAACCAAAGACAUUAUAAUGGGAAAAUUCAACGACCUUCUAUUGGUAUCAAUAAAAACUCCACAUUCAAAUUUAUUUUUAGAUUUAAAUGAUGACUACUUGCCAGAUUUGAUGAUUACCACGGAAGAAGCCUUCGAAAUCUGGCAGGGGAUCUGUGGAGGGUUCAAGUACUUUGAGAAAGUGGAGUGGCCUUUUGGAGUCGUAAGCGUCGGCAGUCAUGCUGGUCAGUCUCUGUACCUAUAUGUCGAUCUAAAAGGUUCGCUGAUUUUGGUGGUACCACUGUGCUUAGAUUAUUUGCCGGAACUCGACCAUCGCAUUGUAUCACGACGGCUGGCCCGACCUGAAGAUAAACUUUACAGAUGUAAAAAAAAAAAACUCUGGGGUUUCGUGCCACCAGACAAAUGGAAGAACGUCAUAUACACUGAUGCAAUAACUCUGCCUACUGGAGACUUGAACAUGGGCGGGUACAUCGACCUGCUAGCGACGUUGAGACCAACAAGGAUAAAUGGACGAGAAUGUUUUUGCAAGAAAAUGUUGAAUGCAAAAUUUGCGAAGGAGUUAGUAGCACUUUUGAAAUCUACUGGGACUCGGUAA